CAGAACGAUCACACCAGCAGCCGUCUGUUGGCGCGCAGGGGAGUACACAGCUCGCAGUGCAGAGUAGCCACUUUCUUCGUCUCCAACUAAGUAGGAGCAACUAGCAGAGGUCAUCGACCGAUCAUGGCGUUGGUGAGGGAGCACGGUGGGUACGGAGGCUUCGACAGCGCCGAGGCGGCGGCCUUCGACGCGCUCGGCUACGGCUACGGCUACGGCCACGGCGCGCUGCUGGGCUUCGACGCGUCGGCGGCGCUGUUCGGGGAAGGGGCAUCCGCUUAUGUGUCGGACGCCGGGGACGCCUGGACGGGCGCCGGGUCGUCGACCGUUCUGGCGUUCGACCGCAACACGCCAGCAGCAGCGGCGGCGGCGGCGGCGGCUGUGGUUGAGGAGGAAGAGGAGGAGAGCGACGCGUGGAUCGACGCCAUGGACCAGAGCUACGGCGCCGGCGCCGCCACGGCGCCAGAGGCGCGCCACGCGCUGACGUCCUCCGUGGGUUUCGACGCCUCCACAGGGUGCUUCACCCUGACGGAGAGGUCGUCGCCGUCGUCGUCGUCAGGCGGAGCGGGGCGCCCGUUCGGGCUGCUGUUCCCGAGCACGUCGUCGGGCGCUGGUGGCACGCCCGAGCGCGCGGCGGCGGCGCCGGUGCGCCGCGCCCCGCAGAAACGGACCUACGUGAGUGCGGAGCCGCAGGCUGUGAGCCCCAAGAAGCACUGCGGCGCGGGGAGGAAGGCGAGCAAGGCCAAGUCGCCGUCCACAACCCCAACCAAGGACCCCCAGAGCCUCGCGGCCAAGAAUCGGCGUGAGAGGAUCAGCGAGCGGCUGCGGACGCUGCAGGAGCUGGUGCCCAACGGCACCAAGGUCGACCUGGUCACCAUGCUCGAGAAAGCCAUCAGCUACGUCAAGUUCCUCCAGUUGCAAGUCAAGGUUCUUGCGACAGACGAAUUCUGGCCGGCGCAGGGAGGGAAGGCGCCGGAGAUCUCCCAAGUGAGGGAGGCGCUCGACGCCAUCUUGUCGUCGGCGUCGCAGAGGGGGCAGCUGAAUUAGCUACAAGAGAACACGUUGCUCGGGAUCAAACGCAUAAUAAUGACCCGAAAGAUAUUUCUAGAAUAACGAACCACCUCGUUCGGAGAUAAAUAAGGAGGCAAAAUCAAUAUAUCAUUAGUGCUACUAGCUUCGAUCUUCUCUUGAGAUCGAAAAAAAAAACUUCGAUCUUCUCUUCCCAACUGAUCAUUUAGCAUUGUACUACCUAUUUUUAGGGGAAACAUACUAGCAUGAACUUCAUGUCUACAAGAGGCGCUUAACAUUCAGUGAGUCA